AAAACAGCAUGUUGUUUUGGUUAGCAACGAAUGGAUCGCGUUUCGCAUUAUUUUCAACAAUUUUACGGCAAAUAGCGCUGGAUGUUUAAUGAAAAAUGAAAAAUCUUCCUGUGCUAACUAAUCUUCGGUCACAGUUCAGCGAAAUUCCAUCGAAACAAAAUGAGAUUUUGGCCAAUCUAGGAACACCCCACAUCGAUUCCUUCAAUUACAUGCUGGAAGAAGGUAUUGAUGAUGUAAUUCGAAACCUGGAACCAGUAGAAUUUGAACUACCCAGCAAGAAUCGAGUGCGUUUACGUGUCACCGGGUGCUCAAUUGCAAAACCAACGAUUCCACUGAGUCAAAUUAAUGUCAGGGAGAAGCGGAUUUUCCCUUCUGAAUGUCGACAGAAGAAUGAAUCGUACACGGGAAUGUGUACGAUAAUGAUCGACUGGGAUGUGGAUGGUCAACCGAAACCUCCAAUAACGAGAGACGUUGGGCCUUUGCCAAUUAUGUUGCGAUCAAAGGCAUGUAAUUUGGGCGGAUUAUCACCACAAGAGCUGGUUGAACGAGGAGAGCACGAGGAUGAAUGGGGUGGACAUUUCAUCGUGAGGGGUCUUGAGAAGUUGAUUAGAAUGUUAAUUAUGACGAGGAGGAAUUUUCCCAUAGCUCUGAAUAGAAAUUCCUGGAAGGAACGUGGAAAGGAAUUCAGCAGUACCGGUGUCAUGAUUCGAUGCGUAAAGACGGAUCAAACUUCCACGAACAAUGUGCUACAUUACCUUGUAAACGGGACGGCAAAACUGAUGUUCUCGAUUAGAAAAUCGCUAACAUUCGUUCCUAUCGUGAUGCUGUUGAAAGCUCUUUCGGAUUACACGGACAAUGAAAUAUUCAAACGACUCAUCGCCGGCUUCGAACAUGAUCAAUAUUACAAACAUUGUAUACAGAACAUGCUUCGAGAAUUGCACGAAGAGGGCAUUCAUAAUCAAAUAGAAUGUAAAAAUUACAUUGGAAAUGUUUUUCGCCAACGAUUGUAUCAUUUACCACCAUGGUAUACAAAUCAGGAAACGGCAGAUUACUUGUUGAAGAGCUGCGUUCUAAUUCACCUGGACAACGAUCUGGAUAAGUUUAACCUGUUGGUUUUCAUGAUGCAGAAACUGUUUACUGCCGCACAAGGACGUUGCAAAGCAGAGGGUGCUGAUAGCGUUAUGAUGCAAGAGUUGCUACUAGGAGGACAUCUGUACCAGAAGCUAUUGCGUGAACAUUUUGUUUCAUUCCUCAACGGCAUGAAGUUCAACAUUUUAAAGCUUUGUAGCGACGCAGAUGCCCACCUAUCGCAAAAUGAAAUGAUAAUGGCUUGCAAGAAUACUGCAAGCUUGGAUCGUUCGUUUGCUAAUUUUCUAGCAACGGGUAAUAUGCCGAAAGCAAGCGAGAUGGGAUUGAUGCAGGAUUCCGGAUUGGUUAUAGUUGCCGAGAACAUCAAUCGAAUGCGAUACAUGUCCCAUUUCCGUGCUGUCCAUCGUGGUUCGUUUUUUGUUACAAUGCGAACAACUGAAGCAAGACAGUUGCUACCCGAUGCCUGGGGCUUCAUCUGUCCCGUUCAUACGCCCGAUGGAACGCCAUGUGGUUUGCUAAAUCAUUUGACCUCCGAUUGCCUCGUUUCUAAUAGUGCAGAUCCAAAAAAGGUGGCUAACAUUGAAAGAUGCUUGAUCCGGUUCGGAAUGACGCCCAUCAAUAGCAUAUGCUUCGACAGUUUCCAGACUCGAGAUUGUUAUACCGUUAUGCUGGAAGGUAAAAUUAUCGGACACAUCCCGAAAAAUAUCGCGGCCGUAGCGGUUUAUAAGCUCCGUUUGCUGAAGAUCGAAGGACAGGAAAUCCCGGAAGCCACAGAAAUCGCUAUGAUACCUUCCAAGGAAGGCGGUCAAUAUCCAGGAUUGUACAUUUCCGUAGGCGUAGCUCGAAUGAUGCGUCCGGUCAUGAAUUUGUUUGCCAACAAAAUUGAGCUGAUCGGAACGUUCGAACAAGUUUACAUGGACAUCUGCAUAACCCAGGAGGAAGCUUACCCGAAUGUGACGACACACAUGGAGCUGUCAAAAACAUCUUUUUUAAGCAAUUUGGCAAAAUUGAUUCCCAUGCCGGAUUGUAAUCAAUCGCCACGAAACAUGUACCAGUGUCAGAUGGGCAAGCAAACUAUGGGAACUCCUUGUCACAAUUGGCAGUUGCAGUGUGUUUCGAAAUUUUAUCGCUUGCAAACUCCGGGAACGCCAUUGUUUAGACCGGUUCAUCAUGACAACAUCGAUCUGGACAACUAUGCCAUGGGAACGAAUGCCAUUGUAGCGGUGAUUUCAUAUACAGGUUACGAUAUGGAAGAUGCAAUGAUCAUCAACAAGUCAGCAUUCGAGCGUGGCUUUGCCCAUGGAAAUAUUUACAAAAAUGAGUUCAUCGAACUCAAAGGAGAUAGUUUCUUCGCUCGAGAUCCUCGCAAUGAAAACCUUAAGCCUUUCCUAGAUAACGAUGGUCUUCCCUUCCGAAGUGCCCUGCUUGCGUACAAAAAUCCUCUCUAUUGUUACUUCGAUACCAAUGAUCACAGUUACCAUGUGGUGAAAUUCGAAGGGCACGAAGCUGCCAUUGUAGACAACAUCAAACUUUGCGGAUCCACUUUGUCCAGCGCACCGAAACGAGCCGUUAUUACUUACCGCAUAGUUAGGAAUCCGAAUGUUGGCGAUAAGUUCGCUUCCCGAGCUGGACAGAAGGGCAUUUGUUCUCAAAAGUGGCCAGCUGUUGAUUUGCCAUUUACCGAGUCGGGCAUGAUUCCGGACAUCAUCUUCAAUCCACACGGGUUUCCGUCGCGUAUGACAAUUGCUAUGAUGAUCGAAACGAUGGCAGGCAAAACAGGCGCUUGUCACGGUUUGGUGCACGAUGCUACACCGUUCAGAUUUACCGAGAACAACACUGCUAUCGAUUACUUUGGUCGACUACUAGAAGCCAGUGGGUACAAUUAUUUUGGAACCGAGCGGAUGUACAGUGGAGUCGAUGGACGAGAGAUGAAAGCGGAUAUAUUUUUCGGAAUUGUGCACUAUCAACGCUUGCGCCACAUGGUGUCAGACAAAUGGCAAGUUAGGUCCACUGGGCCGCUGGAUCAGUUGACUCACCAACCGAAUAAAGGUCGUUCCCGUGGGGGAGGUGUGCGAUUUGGAGAAAUGGAACGCGAUGCAUUGAUUGCGCAUGGUGCGUCCUUCUUGCUGCAGGAUCGAUUGUUCCAUGGGUCGGAUAAGAUAACGACACUGGUGUGCAGGAGUUGUGGUACGCUGCUAGGUCCAAUCAGCAGCAUUACGAAGAAGAUCACUGCGAACACCACCGAGACGCAACGAACGCCUGCCACCUGUCGACUCUGUCGCAGCGAUAAAGAAAUCGGAUACGUUGAAAUACCGUACAUUUUCAAGUUUUUGGUUUCGCAGCUGACGGCAAUGAACAUCAAUGUUAAACUGGACCUAGAGAUGCCUCAGCUGUAAAUGUAGGUUAUUUUUUCUUGUUUCAAUAAAUCUUUUAUAAACGCGAAA